CAUUGGAUCGUCUGGCUGGACAGCGGGCAUCGGGUCACCAGGCAUCAGGCAUUGGAUCGUCUGGCUCGACAGCGGGCAUCGGGUCACCAGGCUGAAGAGAGGCAUCAGGCUGAGUACCGGCAUCAGGCUGAGAGAGGCAUCAGGCCGAGUAGAGGCAUCAGGCCGAGUAGAGGCAUCAGGCUGAGUAGAGGCAGGCUUCAGGCUGAACCACGGAAGGCAGGCUCACCGGUUUGGAUACUGGCAGGAUGGUAUUGGUUGGAAAGAAUUUUCGCUUUUUUCUGGUUUUAACUACUGGAGCACUGCAAGUAAACGCAGGUCUGCAAACGAAUGGAGCAGCUGGAGACAGAGAAGAACUGGAGGAUGGAACAGGAGAGGGAGCAGUUGCUACAGAGGGCUUUUUUACAGGGUUAAAGGCAGGAUAGGUGCAGCGAGUGGGAACAGGGUACUGACAUGCGGUAGAUAGCCAAGUAUACUGGGC